AUGAGGUGGUCGGUCGCGACGUUAUUCUGUUUAUUCGUAUAUCAUGUUCAGGGCAUUCUCGCAGACGCCGAGAUCGAGGCCCUUCAACAUAAAGUGGCACUCAUUAGUAAAAUUCUCAAGAACCAUGUCCCCAACCCCAUGGAUAAAAGUGACGAUGAGCUCCACGAGGAGAUCUCGGCAAAUAUCGUCGAGCUCUGGAACAAGUACGACGCCGCUCUACAGGGACAGGUGGAUCAUUUGCUGAGGCAAUUCCUCCCGUACAUGUUGGAGGUUGCCAACACCAACUUGGAGCUUAAGUGUGUCCGCAGCCUCCUCCGGGUGAUUCGUGGUCUCCGGAAGCUCGAUACUUGGGCUUUCCAGAUUCUAGACUCGAUCGGGAGACCUGCCGCCGGAAUCAUGGACGUCACAAUGAGCGAUUUCGGGGACUAUGACCAGUGCUUGUCCAUAGAAUCUACGGAGCCGAGCGGAAUCGUGGAUUUUCGCGGACAGCACUGUAAUGUCGCUAUCCGACCGCCAGCUUUACCCCCUCUCAACAAGCACUCGAGCCACAAGUUGCAAGAGCUGCUCAACGCGACCAGUGUGUACAAAGAAGUCCUGCUCACCUACCACAAAGUGCAUCAGCCGUUCGAGCUCCGGCUGGGCAUCUGCACACCGUCUACGUGCUCGAUUCCAGACGUCUCUCGCAUGCUGCAGCCGAUAUCAAGGAGUCUGCGAGUUAAGAUCGAAGUUGUGGGCUGCGAAUCGAAGGACGUUCCUCUGGCUCUAGAUACGCAGCAACUUUUUGUCAUCUGUUUCAUGACGGUGUCAGUGUUUCUCGUCGCUGUGGGAACUCUGAUUCAGACGCUGCCGAGAUCGAUCCGCGGAGAAUGCCAAGAAGGCGCGAUUACUGCCUUCGAUCUCAGGCAGAAUAUGGCUCAUCUUCUCUCCAGAAGGAAAUUAUCACCGGGAAACUUGAAUUGUCUCCACGGUCUGAGAGUCCUGAGUCUCCUGUGGGUCAUAUACUGUCAGUCUUACCGGUAUCUUGAUCUGAGAUCGUUGCGAAACGCUGCGUUUUUGAUAAGGGCGAUGAGCUCACCUCCUUUCCAUUUCAUCGCCAACGGGUUCAUGGCAGUUGAAAACUUUUUCUUCAUGAGUGGUCUGGUAGUGAGCUAUCAAAUCUCAGCUAACCAUGCGUCGUCGAAAAUCUUCAACUACAAGGCGAUCUCUGCACAGUAUAUUCAUCGUUUCAUCAGGUUGACGGCCUGCGCCCUGUUUGUCGUCGGGCUCUUCUCCGUACUCCCACUCCUGGGUAGCGGCCCCGUAUGGCGAGAGAACAUUCUGAUCGCGACCGAAAGCUGCCAGACCAACUGGCUGCCGGUUCUGAUGAAUUUCAACAACUUCAUGCCUACUGACGAGAUGUGCACCCCGAACUUGUGGUUCUUGAGCGCGGAUUGGCAGCUUCAAAUGAGUCUCCUGUUCGUUAUCCUGCUUCUGAUCAAGAAACCGGCCAUGGGCACCGUGGUCGCUUUUGCCGUGAUUGUCGCCACUUCUUGCAUUGUCGGCGUACAAACUGUGCUGUCGAACUAUCCACCGACCAUCCUGCCCCUGGAAGAUCCCAAAACCGUCUCGCUCAUGAUGUCGGACAUUUUUAUGCGACCCUAUACGCACGCGGGUCCUUUCACUAUCGGCAUAGGCACCGGUUACGUGAUCGCAACGAACCCGUUCAUGAGGUUCCGAAUGGUGACGAGAAUUAUCACUUGGCCGUUAGCGCUAGUGACUAUGGUGUGGACGGUCUUGGCUCCGUGGACGUGGUCAAAAUACGCGGCGGAUGAAUGCUCGGAUCUCGUUAAAUUCAUAUACGCUGCCGGUCACCGAUCUUCAUGGGCUUUGGGUCUGACCUGGAUCGUCGUGGCUUGCGCUUCGGGUCAAGCGAAACCUCUCGAGUGCCUGCUGAGUUGGAGAGCUUGGAUACCGCUUUCGAGACUGAGUCUGAGCGCGUUCCUACUGAGUCCUCUGGUUGUUUACCACAAUCAAUGGACCAUUCGGGAGAGGCUUUACGGGAGUCACGCUACCGUGUUCAAUCUGUUCGUCACGAACGUGUUUUUCGUGAUCUUGAUAUCCGUGUUGUUCUACCUGUUCGUCGAGAGCCCGAUCAGAAGACUGUCAAAGUCUUUCCUGGAGAAAGUCUUCACGAUGUCCUUCAGUCAGAACCAGGAUAGGAAUCCGAUGUGUUACGGAAACUCUCAGUCCCCGCAGGAAAGUCCCGAGGUGCAACACGAUCCCAAUAAGAGCAACAAAGUCUAUCUGUGAGACCCGAGCUGCUUAGAAGGAGUUGCCUCGUUGACUGGCGUCUGAGUGCGAUUCCAAAAGCUCGAAUUUUCCCGGGCUGACCCUCUGGAAGCCCUAUCAACUAGGAGCCACACUCUGGCAUGCCUGGUAUUGCCGACGCGACGAGAAAAUUAGUCCGCGGUCGCAUCCAGAGGACAGAAUUAACCGAGGAAUCAAGAACGGCUUUCGACCAGGGCUACCUUACGCUUAAGUGGUCUGGUGCGAUGACGCGGAUGAGCAGCUAGCGAAGUGUUCGCGUCGAGGAGGAAGAGCCAUCACAGCUGAUCUCUUAUGUAAAUAUACCAUGUCCAUACGUGUAAAUCUUCAUAUUUCGGACGGACCCACGAAGACUGGAAAUCAUAUUAUUUAUUCCCGAU